GUGUCGUUGGAUCUGUCUGUUGGCAGUUGGGCUUUUGUUUAACUUGGGCUUGGGCCAGUUAAUCGUUUAGUGGUCGGACUCGGAUUUGCUUUUUUCCACCCGAGAAAAAAGAAACCUUACCCAAAAGAAGAAAGGAAACAUUUUGUUGACAACAACCCCGCUGGCUUUAUCUCAGUGGGAAAGGUUGAUGUGUUCCAUUCUGGCAACUACGACUUUCCCAUAUAAUUCCAAUUAUUAAUUUUCUCUAUUAUCGUAUUGGAACGAAUUUCGCCGGCUGCUCCUAAUUAACCGCUCCCUCCCUUCCUCAACGCCCGCCGCGCUUUUCUUCCUACCUUUUUCCACCAGCCCCGAAAUUUUCAAUUUAGGGUUUCGGGUUCUCUGAGCUUUUCCUCGUUCGAUUGCCGCUCUCUCUAACAGUUGGAUUUAGUCGAACCUCCAGAGCCAAACAACCAACAAACACAGAGAGAGAGGGAGCUUCUCCUUGCCUCAAAGGAUGUGGAUAGCGUUAUGGCUGCGUCUAGGGCUUGUGUAACCGCGUCGGAACAGAUUCAUCAGAGGCAGCUGCCGAUCUCCGUCGCCCAAUUCCAAUUGCGGGGGUCGAGUAUCAUGAUUCUUUUUGGUUUCGGGUGUCGAUUCCGCUUCCAGUCGGCAUUCGAUUCGUACUCCGUCGCUUGUGAGGCAUUCUCUGAACACAGCCGUAAUCAGCUCCCGCUUCCUUUCUCCAUCGCCUCCUCCUCUUCUUCCUGCUCCGCUAUCGAACUUCUCUAAUAGAGGCCAUCCCUCUCCAUCUUUCUCCCUUCUUCUUCUUUCUGCCAUUUUCUUUGCUAUUUUUUUUUCUUCCCGUCCCUUUUUGCUUUGUGCAUCUUGUCUCCCGUCUUCUUUUGGUGGGUGCUGUCUCAUACUUGAAUCGAGUAUGGGAGAUUCUGGUUCUUGUGACGAUGGCCUGGUUGUGGAAAAAGAUCCAACGGGUCGUUACAUUCGGUAUGAUGAGAUCUUAGGCAGAGGGGCAUUCAAGACUGUAUAUAAGGCAUUUGAUGAGUCUGACGGAAUUGAAGUUGCUUGGAACCAAAUGAACAUUGAAGAUGCAUUACAGACACCGGAACAGUUGGAGAGGUUAUACUCGGAGGUUCAUCUGCUGAAGUCACUGAAGCAUGAAAACAUCAUCAAGUCCUAUCACUCUUGGGUUGAUGACAAGAAUAGAACCAUCAACAUGAUUACGGAGUUGCUCACUUCUGGCAGUUUGAGGCAGUAUCGCAAGAAGCAUAAGCAUGUUGAAUUGAAGGCUAUAAAAAACUGGGCCAGACAGAUCCUUAGAGGUUUACACUAUUUGCACAGUCAGAGCCCUCCUAUCAUACAUCGUGAUUUGAAAUGUGACAAUGUGUUUGUCAAUGGCAACACUGGGGAAGUUAAAAUUGGAGACCUUGGAUUAGCUACUAUCAUGCAGCAGCCAACUGCUCGAAGUGUUAUAGGUACUCCUGAAUUCAUGGCCCCAGAGCUCUAUGACGAAGAGUACACAGAACUUGUCGACAUCUAUUCUUUUGGCUUGUGCAUGCUAGAGAUGGUUACUUGUGAAUACCCAUACUGUGAAUGCAGAAAUCCAGCACAGAUUUACAAGAAAGUUUCUUCGGGUGUAAAGCCAGCUUCCCUUGCUAAAGUUGAUAACCCUCAAGUUAAGGAGUUCAUAGAGAAGUGUUUAGUCCCAGCAUCUUUAAGACUGCCUGCCAUUGAACUCCUUAAAGACCCAUUUUUAGCAGCAACAGUCACUCCAAAGGAAGUAGUUAUUUCUUCUGUAUCUCUGGAUUUGUCAAGUCUGAUGCUCGGGCAAGGCAACUCACUUCUUCCAUCAGAAUCAUUUCCCAUGGAAAUAGAUAUGCAUAGCAAGAAGUCAUCAUCAAAAACUUCUUGCAUUGAAAGCAUGAACGAAGCAAUGCAGCUCUCACCUCUAGAAGUUGAGAGGUGCACCGAGACAAAUGGAUUCAGGUUAAGAGGGGAGAAGAAUGACGAGAAUACUAUUUCAAUGACCCUCCGCAUUGCCGAUUCAUGUGGAAGGGCUAGGAACAUACACUUCUCCUAUUUUUUGGAUUCGGAUACUACUCUCACAAUAGCAGAGGAGAUGGUUGAACAACUUGAAUUGCCAAGUGAAGAUGUUGCUGUGAUUGCUGAGAUGAUUGAUAGCUUGAUAAUGAAGCUGCAUGGUGCUGCAAUUAUGCAGCAGAAUGGUUUGUUUGGUAGUAACAAUACUCAGCUGCUGUUUACCAAAGAGCAAGAAGAGGCCCGGGCGACAACAAUCGUUUCUGACAUUUCUAGCACCGAGUUUUAUCUCACAACAGUUUCUUCCUCAGAUGAUGUUAUCGACAACAACCAACAGCAAACCGUGAUUUUGUCUUCUUCUCCUGACUACUAUGGCCUGGGACAGGAUGCAAGUGAUGUGAUCAUAAGUUCAGACUCUGUUGUGAAUAAUAAUAACAAUAUGAGCUGCUUGUCCAGCAUCUGCUCUCUGUCGCAUGGAGAAGAAGACAAGCAGUCGCAAGAAGGUGAUGAGCUGCAGCUGGAACUGGCUGCUAUUGAUAUGCAGUACAACAUGUUUUUUCAAGAACUGUCGAGGUUGAGGGAGGAGGCAGUGGAGAACGCGAAAAGGAAGUGGAUGGCCAAGAAAAAAGUAGCUGUUGUUAUGUGAUGCGAUUUGUGUUAGUUGUAGAUUGCCCCUUUAGUCUCCCAUCUUGUUUUGGUUUUGAUUCUUUUUGUUCUCAAUUCUUUGUUUUGCUUCCAGUGAUUGAGUUUUAGUUGUGGCUGGGGGCAACUCAAAGGAAUUCAUUUGUGUUGGGUUUUUUUUCCGUUUCCCCCUUUUGGCUUUUGGGGUGGAACUACAUCGUUCGUUGAGUUUCUACUUGACCAUUGAAUUCUACUGUUAUAUUUUUCUGUGUACAUAACUGGAUUAUUUUCGAUUAUUCUUACAGAAUCCCUACGUAUUUGUAGUUGAAUUAGUCCGGGAAACUGUGUUUCCUUGUACGCAUGGGAAUGGCAACUUGAACCAGUCGAUCAAUAAGUAGAAAUGCCUACUUGAACGAUAAUUCAUAAUUACAUCAAGCAAUGCCCGCCAAGCCAGUUCAUUGUCUUAUGAUCACAGGUCACGGCUUCAUCUGUAAUGAAACUAUACUAUAUAUACAAGUAGUGCCUUCCUUCAAUAAUCAAUUUCUUCUUCACCUCUUCGCAUGUUCCAAAAGCAGAAAAUCGGAGGUUGGGAAGGUUGGUUAAGCGAUGUAGAUCAGUAGUUGAGUGAGUCUAAAACAAACCUUCCUAUCUAAUCCGAAUUCUUAGCUGUUAGAUUUCACGAAAUCUUCAAUGAUCCAUGCCGCAUAAGUAAAUAGAUCGAACUCUUAUGGCAAUAGUACUAGUACAAUGGGAAGGAAGUUCAUUCUUUAGUACACUAAUGAUACAUUUCGAUGGGAUAUUCAAUGAGGGGAAAAUAUUUCAAAACAAGAAAUUGUGCAUAAUUGUCCCAUUUGACAUUUUAUUCAUAAUGACAUGAUGGUCUAAAAGAGAUGAGGAUUGAUCCCGUAUCCGCAUUUUGGAUGCUGCUAUCAAACUAACUUUUCUGGCUUUAGUUUUCCUUCUUCUACUCCCAGAUUCCAAAAUUUUAUCAAAGAAAAGGAGAUUGGCCAGGGUAAGAAUAUCAUCGUUAAUGGGAACUGGGAGCAGCUCACAGUUUAUUAGAUAAUGUGCCGGAAGAUGUAUCUAGUAGUGUGAGCAGAGCAGUACCAGCUGAAAUGCUCCGUUGCCUACAGUUUGGAGAACAAGGGGCCUAGUUCCCAAACAAAUACACUCCCUUUACCAGAAGCAAUCUUUUAUAGAGCAUGGGAUCUUACCAAACCACACACUUCCGAGUCACUCGUUUAAACUUAGGAUUUCACUCUGAAGGCCGUACGGACAGAGAGCAAGCGCCAUUUCUGUUUCCAGGAGAGUUGCCCCACUUUAGCAAUGUAGUACUGUUGGAAACACAUGGAAUCUGAUUCCAAUCCAUUCAUUUACCAGCAACCAGCACAAACAUGGUGGGAAAAUAACUGAACAUUGAUUUC